GCCUCAGCCCCCGGGUUUCACUUUCCGACCCGGAGCCGGAGCCGGAGCCACAGCCAUGGCCGCGCCGGCGCUGGCGGGGCUGGAGGACGAGCUGACCUGCUCCAUCUGCCUCUGCCUCUUCGAGAGCCCCGUGACCACCCCGUGCGGCCACAACUUCUGCGCCGCCUGCCUGGACAUCACGUGGGCCGGCCUGCGGGACGCCUUCAGCUGCCCGCAGUGCCGCAGCCCCUUCGCCCGCAAGCCCGAGCUGCGCAAGAACACGGUGCUGUGCCGCGUGGUGGAGCAGCUGCAGGCGGGCCCCGACGCCCCCGCGGAGGGCAAGGCGGGCGGCGAGCCGGAGGGCAAGGCGGGCGGCGAGCUGGGCCCCUCUCAGGUGGCUUGCGACAGCUGCCCAGAGGCGGUGGCUGCCGUGCAGACCUGCCUCACCUGCAUGGCCUCCUUCUGCGCCGAGCACCUGCGCCCGCACCACGAGAGCCUGGCCUUCCGCGUGCACGAGCUGAGCGCCCCGGUGCGCAACCUGCAGCAGAAGCUGUGCCAGGACCACCACAAGCUGCUGGACUUCUACUGCCCCGAGCACCGCAGCUGCAUCUGCUGCAUCUGCCUGGUGGGCCACAAGGCCUGUUCGGCCAGCUCCCUGCCCGAGGCCAAGGCGCAGAUCGAGUUGCAGCUGAAGAAGAGGCUGACAGAGCUGAGAAAUCAGAAUGACAAAGCUUCUCUGGCAAUGAACGAAGUAAAGAUACGGGAGAGACAAGUCGCUGAAGCAUCUGCCCAUAACAAGGAUUCGCUGAGAAAUGAGUUCUUAGAAGUUAAAGUUUUAAUUGAAGAACAAGAAAACCAGUCAGUAAAGAAGCUUGAAGAGGAGGAGAAGAGAGUGCGUGAUAAGUUUGAUUACAUCCAUAAGGUUCUGGGAAAGAAGAAGAGUGAAAUUCAGUCCCUCAAAGACAAGCUUGAGAGUACACUGGCUGUAAGUGAUGACAUUGCAUUCCUAGAGAAAGCAGCUAAACUGCAACUACCCCCAACAAAAGAUGUAUUCAUCCCCAGAAUCGAGCUAGACUCAAACGUAAUGCAUUCUGUUUGCCAAAGUGCCGCUUUGCUUAAAGAAGCCCUGAAAAAGUCAGUGUCUCAGCCUGAGAAGAGAAUGGAAGCAGGCGGACCACCCAGACCACUUAUAGAAGAGAAGGGACCGCCACAGUGGAAACCCAAGCCCUUUUGUCUUGUGAAUGUGCCACCACCUUCUCCAAUCAAACCCAUGGUACCCCGUAAAAAGCCUGCUGGACUGCAGGCUCCCAAAGGAGUUAAAAUCCCUCAGCAGCUUCCGCAGGAGUCAAAUGUGGCUGCAGAUGGCAAGAAGAUAAAACCCAGCAAAUCUGUACCAAACCUGGCAAGUCCAGACCCUGACACAUCUAUCGAAAGCUUCCUAAAGAAAUCUAGAGAGGAGCUUCUGCGCUAUGCUACAAAAGUCACACUGGAUUUCAACACGGCUCAUAACAAAGUGCUUUUAUCAGAGAAAAACACGAAAAUAUCUGUCUCUGAAACCCCCCAGAAUUAUAACUCACACCCUCAACGCUUCUCCUACUGUUCCCAAGUGCUGGGCUUCCAGUGUUUCAAGAGGGGCAUCUAUUACUGGGAAGUGGAACUGCAGCGUAACAACUUCUGUGGCAUUGGCAUCUGCUACGGGAGCAUGGACAGGCAAGGGGCAGACAGCCGCCUGGGGAGAAAUCCCAGCUCCUGGUGCAUUGAGUGGUUUAAUGCAAAAAUUUCAGCCUGGCAUAAUGAUAAUGAAAAAUGCCUGCCCAACACCAAGGCUACCAAGAUAGGUGUGCUGCUCAACUGGGAUGCAGGCUUUGUGCUUUUCCUGGCUGUUGGUGAGAAAGUUAACUUAAUCUACAAAUUCAAAGCAGAGUUUACUGAAGCGCUGUAUCCUGCUUUCUGGGUGUUUUCCAGUGGCACUACACUCUCGAUUUGCCCACUGAAGUAACAGCAUGCUGUGCCCCAGAGCUGUUUCUUUAUGGUGUAGCCUGCAAGCCAUCUAUGUUGCAGAGCUUUCUUUCUGUGCUUAUCACUUUCUCAUGUAUUCAAAUGAUGGGGCGUUAUCUUUUUCACUUGCUGGGUGGCUUAAUGAUUAUCCAAAACCACCUCGCAAUUCUGUGAGGAAGAAACUGGUUGGAGACUCUAGGCCUGCAGGCUGGACUUAGUGCAUUAGUUUGACAUUUAUGCACCAGAAAGGGAGGGAAGCUUCGGCUGUCUGCAAAUGUAAAAGAGAAUAGAGUGUGCUUCAGAGUAUGAAGGGUGCUUCCCUGCUUAAAACUAAUUUCAGGUCCCUGGUUUUUAAAGCAAUUUCCUAAAUACUUUGGGGCAAGGGAAAACUGCAUGCUUUUGUCUUUGCUGUGAUAAGGGGAAAGAUGGCUUCACACACAUACACACACACACACACACACGCACGCACGCACGCACGCACACCACCCCCCCACCAAGCAGUGCCAAUGUUCGGUUCCCUGUUUGGGUGAGGGUCUCAGUCACUGACUGUUCAUUGCCUGCAGUUUGGUACUUGGCCUCCUGCCCCUCCAGACUGAAUUCCUAAAUCUUUAAGCAAAAUAGACAAAGUGCUGCAGUCAGUGAAAAUCUUUGAAGCAUU